UUCACGAACAAACCCAAAAAGCAGCUGCGAACUCUCUCUUCUGACCACCGGACGACGCCUCACUGUGCAUAUUCAUUAUUCAUUCAUUUCGUCCUUUUCGGCUCCCCCGAAACGGCCCGUCCCAAAUCUCAGCCAGCCAGCGGGCGAGCCAGCGAGCGAGCUCGAGCCAUGGAAAUGUAGCGAGAGGGAGAGAGAGAGAGAGAGAGAGAGAGGCGAAGCAACAUCGCGGAGAGUUGGCGAUCGGAGGCGGCGGCGGCGGCGGCGGGAGAGUCGGGAGCGGCGUCGCGGCGUCGCGAGAGGAGGAAGAGAAGAAGAAGAGGAGGAGGGAGGAAGGAAGAGGGAGGAGGGAAGGGAGUGGAAAUGCCGCUGACGAGGUACCAGAUAAGGAACGAGUAUGGGCUGGCCGAUCCGGAGCUGUACCGGGCCGCCGAUAAGGAUGAUCCCGAGGCCCUCCUGGAGGGCGUCGCCAUGGCCGGCCUCGUCGGCGUCCUCCGCCAGCUCGGCGACCUAGCUGAAUUUGCUGCUGAGAUAUUCCACGACUUGCAUGAAGAAGUUUUAGCCACAGCUUCGAGAGGCCAUAGUCUCAUGGCACGUGUUCAACAGCUGGAGUUAGAAUUCCCUCUAAUUGAGAAGGCAUUGCUGUCCCAAACAAAUCAUCUGUCCUUUUUUUCAAAUCCAGGUGCUGAUUGGCAUCCUAAUAUGCGUUCACAGCAGAAUAUGAUUGCCCGAGGAGACUUGCCUCGCUUUAUCAUGGACUCUUAUGAAGAAUGUAGAGGGCCACCACGGCUAUUUCUUCUGGACAAGUUUGAUGUUGCUGGUGCUGGGGCUUGCUUAACGCGUUACACCGAUCCGUCAUUCUUUAGAGUGGAAGCUUCAGUAGACGAAGUUCAGAGGGAAAGAAAAGUGCGCAGGUUUAAGAAGAAAGGAAUGCGUGGUAGAAAUGGAGAAACGCCAGAGAUGUUACCAGUGUCACAUGCCAAACUGCAGCAGUUGUUUAUGGAGGAGAGCAUUGCAAAUAGUUAUAGUAACCCUUCACGUCUCGUGAAAUUAAAGAAAAGGCAGUUUAACGAACCUCCAUUUUGUUCAAGAAAUGGGAAAAGUUAUAUGGGGAAGUUUGUGGAGACUCCUUCACCUGAGAGUAAAACAGUGCAUGAAGUUUCCAUUGCUCCACCAUCCUUAAGAUGGACAACGGAUUAUGAAUCAGACAAUGAAGUAGUUGAUGUCAAUAUGGUAAGUCCAAACAAAAAUCUAUCAAUAGAGAAGGGGAGCACUUUAACAUCCAUUACAGAAGCACUCUUGCCAGAACCGUCUCUUGAACAUUUGGAUGGGAUGGUUGUUAAUGGGAAGGAAAUGGAGGAGCCUGAGCCACCUCAUGAUAAUGAGACAUAUGGAAGUCCUAAUCUUUAUGAGGCUGAGAAAAAGGAGUUGGUUGAUGCAGAAGCCAAGAUGGAUUGUGGCAUGGAUGUUUGCCAUUCUGAUGAGAUGACCAGUGAGGUAGAGAAUUACGUGGAUGCCCUUGCUACCAUGGAAUCUGAAGCUGAAACGGACAAUGAAUACAGAGCUAAAAAUGACAAGGGUUUCUUGAAUGAUGAAAAAGAUGAGACAGAUUCUGACAUGAAUGAAGAGCACCUGGAACUUCAAGCUCAAUAUUCAGACUCUCAAUCUCUAGGCUAUUCUGCCUCGGAAGAUGGAAACACUUCUCUCAUUAAAGGAAGUUCGAGCUUUACUUAUUCUGAUAGUCAAAGCAACUUGGUUGAUAAUAUAGCAUCUGAUGGUGAGGGAAUUGCUAUGGCAUUCCCAUCUACCGAAACUUCUGCCUCUCAUCAUGAGAACAUAACCUGUGACCAGCUUCCUGCACAUGGGGGAACUAGAGAAAUAGAAGACUCCCGUGAGCCUGUUGUGCCCAAACAUAUGGACACAGAGGAUGAUGAAAUUAGUUAUCUCGGGGAAGCAGCUACAGAUUUACGUUCUAUUGAUAUGAAUGCUAAGCUUUCAUCUUCAGCUCAUGGACAAAGUCUACAAGUUGAAUCAGAAGCAGAAGGGUCUGACCAAAAUGAAUUGGAGGUAGACAGGAUCAGAGCUGUUUUUUCUGAUUCUGCUUCUCAGAACCAGGAUGGUGCUUUCUCCCCCAUUACUUCUGAAAGCAAUCCAAUCUUUCAGUCAGUAGAUGCAGAUCCAAAAGUCUCAUCUGAUGAUUUAAUGCAUUCUUCGACUGUCCUCGAGUUGCCCCAUGAACAUGAAAGUAACAUUACCUAUAAGCAUGAAGAAUUGCGUGAUGAAUAUGAAGGUGUGGAUCACACUGGAACUGUGACAAGUGGAAAGAUCACUUCCUGGCAUUCAAAUAUGAUGUUCCCAGAAGAUCAGUUCAAGUUUUUAGUAAUGGCAGAAUCGUCUGGAUAUUCAGGUCUUCGAUCACUGCCUGAUAGCUCAGUUGCUUCUCCUGCACGUAAUCUGGAUAUGGCAAACCUGCAUGCUACGAAUUCUGAAGUUCAUCCUUUGGCAGCUGGUUUGGUGAACUUGGAAAAUGCAGUUGUCACAGAAGAUGAGCAACAGACUCAUAUCACUAAACAACAAUCUUUUGAUUACACGUAUGAUGCUCCAUUACAUGAACAAAAUGCACUAGAAGUAGAUGUUCGGCCUUUACAGGAAAACGUCAAUUUUGGAAAGAAUGAACCCCCUCUGGAUUUUGAUGAUGCUGUCCAAGUUUCCCGGACCACGGAAGCAGUGGAAGGAGAUGCGGGUCCUCUUAACGUCCCAGGCAAUAGUUCAAUCCUUAAUGAGAAUAUAAAUAUGCAUGAUGUGGGGACUGAACGAGCUUCAAUAGAUCAGUUGCUACUCGCUACUCCUGCUAUCGCCACUACUGAUGACAAUGCCUGCCCUAAUGUAGAUCCAGCUGCAGAUAUAGUGGGGGGCUCAUGUGCAGAUUCACAGGAACCACCGCCUGACAUUGAUAAUUUGCCUCAGAAAGAGUUCGAGUCAGAUGAGGAAGUUUCUCCAGGAUGUAAUAAAGAGUCGAACUUGCUUGAGGAAGCAAGAGAUGCAAAAGUUGCUUAUGCAGAAGGUAACUCUCCGAAUGAUCUGGUCUCUCAUCGGGAUUCUGAAGUGGAAACUGAGAUGCCUGGCCUGUCUUUUAUGGAGAAAUCGCUGAGCAGACAUCCUUCAGAUGAUGCGACAAUAGGUUCAGGAUAUGCAGAGCUAGGCAGCGAGGAGCUUGAACCAAAACCUUCCUCUCAAGGUCCUCUUCCAUGGAGCAGUGAAGAUAUCUUGUCAUCUUUGCAUAUUUAUCACCAAGUAGACCAAGGAGAAACUUCAGAGCAGUUGUUGGAUGUGCCACCGCAUGAGCUUGAUUUAAAUCUAUCACGCGAAGAUGAAGUUAGUCCUCAGACAAUUAAUCCUGAAUCUGAAAAACUGCGAUCAGCAGAUCUCGUGGUUCAGGAGAACAUUCUUUCUAGCAGACCAGGAUCUCCUUUAGAGUGUCCUUUGAAGUUUCAAAAUGACAGAUCUGAUGCAGAGUGUCUGCAGGGCGAUGAAACAAGAAGCCAAUCAUCAACUCUUCUGUCUGGACAACUACAAUCUUCAGACAGUAUAGGCAAAGAAAAAUAUUCAGCUUUUGAAUCAUGUCCAGAAGAUCAACCAACCCAGCAUUCUAUCUCAGAAUCCUUACAAGAGCCAGCUAGCCAGGAAGUUGACGGUAAUAGUCCUGUAGGGGCUUCAUUACAUACUGAUAUUGCUACAUCUCCACAGGUCUCUGUUGUGGCUGAAACUAUUCAGGAGGAUGUUCCCAAUUUGGCGCCUUUACCUCCUCCUGAAUGGACGAUAUUAAAGGAUCAUCACGUUUCUCAUGCUUCACAGAGCGAAGUAAUUCAAGAUGGGCAGGUCUCCUUCCAAUUGUUACAAAAGUCACCAGCUGAAGAAAAUCCACAACUUCAGUUGUCAUCAUCAGAGGGAGGAUUGAUGUGGCCUCAUCACACAUUUCUGAACGUGGAAAAUGAGAAGUUACACACUGAAGAGCGAGAGGAUAUAUUGUCACUGCCCGGUCCAUUAUCUUCUCUUACUCAAGUGCCAGAUGGUAAUUCAGUUAUUCGGGAUGACAGUUCUGUAAUGGAAGCUGCAGAAGUACCGAAGCACUUCUCAACGACUGUGUCUGAACAUGCUUUCCUUGAUUUGGGAACAGGAGUGGUGCAGUCUGAUUCAAACAGUCUCCCACCUCAUCCAGUUGUUGAAGACAAACCAAAUAGAGAUGACCUUGUUUCUUCAAAGGGAGAAGUUACUCAAUAUGUUGAGUCAACUUCGUCUGUUUCGAAGGAUAAGGGUCAGCAGAGUGAGGAAUCAGAUGGCAAUUCAGUUAUUCGAUAUAACAGUUCUGUAAUGGAAGCUGCAGAAGUACUGAAGCACUUCUCAACAACUGUGUCUGAACAUGCUUUCCUUGAUUUGGGAAGAGGAGUGGUGCAAUCUGAUUCAAACAGUCUCCCACCUCAUCCAGUUGUUGAAGACAAACCAAAUAGAGAUGACCUUGUUUCUUCAAAGGGAGAAGUUACUCAAUAUAUUGAGUCAACUUCGUUUGUUUCGAAGGAUAAGAGUCAGCAGAAUGAGAAAUCAGAAGCACAGCAUGAUUUUUCUCAUAAUGCAUCUGGGCCAUCAGAAAUGAAGCAAGAUGAGCAUCUCCAACAUGAUCUGCCUCACUUAGAUGGAGAAAUAGCAUUGGAAGCAACUUCAGAUCUACCAGAAAAUGAAGUCGUACAAUCAAAUGGAAAAGCGAUGAGUAAUAUUCCUCGCCCACCAAAACGUCUCAUAGAGGCUGUUGCUGCUCAUGAUAGAAGCAUGUUGAGGAAGGUUCCUGAAAGAAUGAAGCCUCCAAUUGAACCAAGAGCAAAUGAAAGAGAUUCGUUGCUGGAGCAAAUACGAACAAAGUCAUUCAACUUGAAGCCUGCUGUUGCCACCCGGCCAAGUAUUCAGGGUCCUAAAACUAACUUGAGGGUUAAUGCUAUUUUGGAGAAGGCUAAUGCCAUUCGCCAGGCAUUUGCUGGAAGUGAUGAAGAUGACGAUGAAGAUAGUUGGAGUGACUCCUGAGAAUGUUCGCUUCCUCGUGCAAGAUUUUACUGCUGCAUCUUCGUUGCAGAGGAAAAUUACCUAUUUUGCCCUGAUUUCUUGUUCCUUCGUGCAUGUAUAAAUAUUCCUCUCCCCACACACCCACCCAAAAGAAGAAAAUGUUACAAGGGUUUCACGUCCUCUCCUUCGUCGCACCAGAAAGUGGAGCAAGAGCAUAUAGACUUCUCAAAAGCGGCAUGUAAGUGCUGUAUCGGUGCAUUUAUGUACUUGUGUUAGUAUAUAUAUGUGUUGUUGAUGUAUAGCGUGCCAUAAAUUUUGAUACGUAGUGUUUCUCAUGUGACAUUACAAAGUUCUAUAUAGUGGAAUGAUGAUUUAGCCCUCUGUCCGUAUAA